AUGAUUCUUGGUCUUCGAUGCCUUGUACCAAAAAGCUUGUCGUGCAAAACACGUGCAACCAAGAGGAGAUUUUAUGUUGGUAUCACUAUGGAAAGGCGUAUGAAGAAUUCUCAGAGAAGAGUCAGCGAUCAAUCGGCUAGAAACCAAGUAUAUGAUGAUACAAUGGAGCACCUUCCUGAAGGGUUUACUAAAGAUGCUUUGCGUAAAAAAACUCAAAGGGCUAUGAAGAUUUAUAGCUUAUUCCAAAAAAUUGGAGUGGAUCAAAUAACAUUUACUCGGGAUCAAAACAUUUUCUUAUUAGACAAUGCCACCAGUAGGUAG